AAGUGAAUCUCAGUGAGAGAGGGAGAAAGAGAGUGAGAGAGAGCGAGAGAGGCGCUGUCUCUUUAAGAGGAUGCCAAAGCCGAUUACAUCUGAGCUCAACAGUGAUUCUCUCUCACCGUCUGUCCACUACUAUUGCUUAUUUUGCUGUACUACAUGAGCUGAACGCGUUGACUGACAGUGUUGUUCGUCAGGGUUAAAACUUUUUCAGGUCAGAAUGGAUUGGGCUCCGAACUCGUUUGGAUGAGUCGCUUAUAAGCAGCGCGCUUCAGCUCGUCAACUUUCCAGUGCGCAUUUCUCCAAACAUCCUAGGUGGAAAGUUAAAAUCACAUGGGAUAUGGUGACAAACAAGUGAACACACAUUAAACCAAGACGGAAAAUGCAGAAGAGUGUUCGGUACAAUGAGGGACACGCUCUGUAUCUCUCCGUUGUCGCGCGUAAAGAGGGCACCAAGCGAGGGUAUCUCAGCAAGAAGACCACAGAAAACAGCAAAUGGCAUGAGAAGUUUUUUGCACUUUAUCAGAAUGUUUUAUUUUACUUCGACACCGACCAGAGCGCUCGACCAUCAGGGAUUUAUCUUCUGGAAGGAUGCACAUGUGAACGAGUCCCUGCGCUUAAGGUGUCCACUGUUGGCAAGGACACGCUUGACAAACUGCAUUAUUUCCUUGUCAUCUUCGGGCAUGAUGGACAGAAGCCUCUGGAGCUGCGGACGGAGGAGGAGUCAGACUGUGAUGAAUGGGUGGAGGCCAUACUGCAGGCCAGCUACUCCGACAUCAUCAUUGAGCGUGAGGUUCUUAUGCAGAAAUACAUCCACCUGGUGCAGAUUGUGGAGACAGAGAAGGUGGCAGCCAAUCAGCUCCGCACACAACUGGAAGACCAAGACACAGAGAUUGAGAGGCUUAAAGCUGAGAUUGUAGCCUUGAACAAAACUAAGGAAAGAAUGCGCCCCUACCACAUAUACCAGGAAGAAGAGGAUCCUGAUAUAAAAAAAAUCAAAAAGGUCCAGAGCUUCAUGCGAGGGUGGCUGUGUAGAAGGAAGUGGAAGAUUAUUGUGCAGGACUACAUUUGUUCUCCUCAUGCUGAGAGCAUGAGGAAAAGAAACCAGAUCGUCUUCAACAUGGUGGAGGCUGAGACAGAGUAUGUCCAUCAGCUUUCCAUCUUGGUCAAUUGCUUCCUGAGGCCGCUCAGAAUGGCUGCCAGCUCCAAAAAACCACCGAUAAGCCAUGAUGAUGUCAGUAGCAUCUUCCUUAACAGUGAGACAAUCAUGUUUCUGCAUGAAAUAUUCCAUCAAGGACUGAAGGCAAGGAUAGCAAACUGGCCUACACUGGUUCUAGCGGAUCUCUUUGAUAUCUUGCUGCCAAUGCUUAACAUCUAUCAGGAGUUUGUGAGGAACCACCAGUACAGUCUUCAGGUUCUGGCCAACUGUAAGCAGAACCGGGACUUUGACAAACUCCUGAAGCAGUAUGAAUCGAACGCUGCGUGUGAGGGGAGGAUGCUGGAAACGUUUCUCACAUACCCCAUGUUUCAGAUCCCUCGUUAUAUCAUCACUCUCCAUGAGCUACUGGCUCAUACACCUCAUGAGCAUGUGGAAAGGAAAAGUCUAGAAUUUGCCAAGUCCAAAUUGGAGGAACUCUCCAGGGUGAUGCACGAUGAAGUGAGUGACACAGAAAACAUCCGUAAAAACCUGGCUAUUGAGCGCAUGAUCGUGGAGGGCUGUGACAUCCUCCUUGACACCAGCCAGACGUUUGUGAGACAAGGCUCUUUGAUCCAGUUGCCUUCAGUGGAGAGAGGGAAGCUCAGUAAGGUGCGACUUGGCUCUCUCUCACUCAAAAAAGAAGGCGAGAGACAGUGCUUCCUCUUUACCAAGCACUUCCUUAUCUGCACACGCAGCUCGGGAGGCAAACUUCACCUGCUCAAGCAAGGUGGUGUGUUGUCCCUGAUUGAGUGCACUCUAAUCGAAGAGCCUGACGCCAAUGAUGAGGAUGCUAAAAAUUCAGGGCAGGUGUUUGGUCACCUGGACUUUAAGAUUGUGGUAGAGCCCUCAGAUGCUCCUGCCUUUACUGUGGUGCUGCUGGCUCCCUCCCGUCAGGAGAAAGCGGCCUGGACCAGCGACAUCAGCCAGUGCAUCGAUAACAUCCGCUGUAACGGCCUGAUGACCAGCGUGUUUGAGGAGAACUCAAAAGUCACAGUGCCGCACAUGAUUAAAUCCGAUGCACGUCUCCAUAAAGAUGAUGUUGACAUUUGCUUCAGUAAGACGCUCAACUCCUGCAAGGUUCCUCAGAUCCGCUACGCCAGCGUGGAGAGGCUGCUGGAGAGGCUGACCGACCUGCGCUUCCUCUCCAUAGACUUCCUCAACACUUUCCUGCACACCUACCGGAUCUUCACCACUGCCACCGUGGUCAUGGAGAAACUGGCUGACAUCUACAAGAAGCCUUUUACAUCCAUACCAGUCAGGGUCCAGUAUCACUCAUUUGACCGCUUGUCCAUUACAUCCAUCUGCCCAGACUACAGCCUGAAGAUCAGGAAGAUAGCACUGGAUCAGUCAAAAUCCCUGGAGCUUUUCUUCGCCACCAACCAGAACAACCGCAGCGGGGACCACGUAAAUGACAAAUCCCCCAGACUGUGUCGCAAGUUCUCAUCUCCUCCACCUCUCUCCAUCCCCUCCCGUACUUCCUCUCCAGUUCGCACUAGGAAACUCUCUCUUAAUUCCCCUAUCAGCUCAAAAGUAGGCAUCCUGGAUCUGUCCACGACCUCAUCAUCUGCAGCCAGCAGCCCAACCUCAGCCAACCCCACCAUUUCACCCCCACCAUCCAACAACAACAACAAGCCCCCUUUGGACCUUAGCCAUGGACAAAGUCCAUCCUCCCCUGAGCAGAGCCCUGGAGCUCUGGAUGAGAAUGCCGAGGUGCCGCGAAUCGACGCCCUCUGUGGUAAACUGCGCCGCAGCAUCAGGAGAGCUGUGCUGGAGUCAGUGUCUUUGGACAAAUUUAUUCCAGAGUCGCCCCAGAGCAGUGAACCAGGAGAAAUCUCUCCUUGCCGCUCACCCUCCACUCCACGCCACCUCCGCUACAGGCAGCCAGGAGUCCAGUCAGCUGAGAACUCACGCUGCUCUGUUUCUCCAGCCUCUGCAUUUGCUAUUGCCACAGCAGCAGCUGGACACAGCAGCCCUCCAGUUUUUAAUAAUUCUGAGCGGACUUGUGACAAGGAGUUCAUUAUACGUCGGGCGGCUACCAACAGAGUUCUGAAUGUCCUGCGCCAUUGGGUCUCCAAACACUCACAGGACUUUGAAAUGAAUGGAGAGCUGAAGAUGGGUGUGAUCUGCUUGCUGGAAGAGGUGUUGAGAGACCCCGACCUUCUUCCCCAGGAGAGGAAAGCCACAGCAAACAUACUAAGUGCCCUUUCUCAAGAUGACCAGGACGAUGCACAAUUGAAGAUUGAAGACAUUCUACAGAUGGCUGAAUGCCCAAAGGCAGAGUGUUUCGAAUCUCUGUCAGCAAUGGAGCUAGCUGAACAAAUCACUCUUCUCGAUCACAUCGUCUUCAGGAGCAUUCCCUACGAGGAGUUCCUGGGCCAAGGAUGGAUGAAGACCGACAAGUCAGAGAGAACUCCAUACAUCAUGAAGACAAGUCAGCACUUCAAUGAUAUGAGUAAUCUCGUGGCCUCUCAGAUCAUGAGCCACACAGAUGUUGGCUCUAGAGCCAGCUCUAUUGAAAAAUGGGUAGCAGUGGCUGACAUUUGCCGUUGUCUCAACAAUUAUAAUGGUGUCUUGGAGAUCACAUCUGCCCUGAACCGGAGCGCCAUCUACAGGCUAAAGAAGACAUGGGCUAAAGUGUGCAAACAGACUAAAGCACUAAUGGACAAACUUCAAAAGACUGUGUCAUCUGAGGGAAGGUUUAAAAACCUGAGGGAAACUCUAAAAAACUGUAAUCCACCUUGUGUUCCCUAUCUGGGUAUGUACUUGACAGACCUCGCAUUUAUCGAAGAGGGAACCCCAAACUUCACAGAGGAAGGUCUGGUUAACUUCUCAAAGAUGAGAAUGAUAUCUCAUAUCAUACGAGAGAUCCGACAGUUCCAGCAAACUCCCUACAGAAUUGAGCACCAACCAAAGGUCACACAGUAUCUUCUGGAUAAGACCUUGAUUAUGGAUGAGGACACACUGUAUGACUUAUCUCUCAAGAUUGAACCCAGGCUUCCUGCAUGAACUACAACCUCAGUACCUGGCAGCUUCCAUCUAGAUGUGCUUCUCACUCUUUGGAUGUUUUGAAGGCAUGAAGCAUGCCUAGUGUUUUGAGAAAUUGGGAUGCGAAGGAUGGAGGGAACAUGUCCGUUUGAAAGUGUGGAAGGGUAGAGGGUUCAGAUUUGGAAGAGAGUAUUAAACAGUGCUCACCACCACAAUGUCACCUGAAGGGUGACUUUUAUCAUGAAGAUGAAGGAAAGAAGGAUGAAAACUGGCCACUGUCAGAGGUCAGGGGUCAUGAAUGAGUUUCAGGGUCUAGCAAAUGGAUUCAGUCUUAAGUGAGAAGAGAGUUGGUGAAGAUAUGUAGCAUGUACAGAAGUAGAGCUAUUAGCCAGUUUGUAUGUAGUGUACUGUGGCCCCCGGGCCUGUGGCCCCUGGCACAUCCCCUCAUUGGUAAUGGUAGUGACUUUGUGCAUGAACUAGACUGUGGGUUUGCUGUGCGCUUUGCCUCAACUUUACACUCCAUGUGCUUUCCCAUCUGCCAACAGCUGGCUGCAUAGAACCAAAAUGCCACAUGAUAAUUUCAAAAGAUACAUCAGUCUUCUAAGUAAUGGGAAUGUAUAGUAGCUUUCUAAAAUCCUUACCAGUUGUAGAUUAUAUUUAUAUUUCGUAAUUCCCCCUGAAGCUAUGUGGGCUCUUUGAAAAAUCAGUCGUUUAAUGUGCCUUCUCACAUUCACAGACACUUGUAAAUGAAAACUAAUGUUUCAGCAAUGCUUGAAAGUUAUGAUAUUAGCAAACGAUUGGCCUCUGUAGCAAACGAUAGAACAGAGAUAUUCAGACUAUUAAAACAAAUAAAUACUAGUAUAAAUUUGCAUUUUCUUCUCAAAUUCUAAAACAUCUUACUUGAAGAUAUACUCCACUUGCAGUAGAUUACAUCAUCCAUGCAUUAAAAAGUAAAUGUUGACUUGUUAUUGUGCAAUGCAAACCUGAUCUGAUUUUACAGUAAGUUGAGGCUUUACUGCCCCCUAGUGGAGAAAAAGCUCAUUAUUGUUAAAGGGUUAGUUCACCCAAAAAUGAAAAUUGUCAUUUAUUACUCACCCUCAUGUCGUUCCACACCCGUAAGACCUUCAUUCAUCCUCAGAAGACAAAUUAAGAUAUUUUUGAUA